CGGUGGCAGUUAGUAUUUCCCAGCCAACGGUGCCUCACAGGUGUGCAAAGCGUCCGCAGUGCGAGUGCAAGCCUUGGUUUUGUACCUCUAUAUAUCUUAAAUAUAACCACAAAGCCUGGAUAUCGAAUUGGAUUAAACACCGCCCACGCAACCAGAAACAAAAAAAAGAGCCCGCGAAACGGAUUAUCGAAUGUGAUUUAGUGCCGAGUGACAUUUAGUGAGCGCAACCGAAGAAUCAGUGUGUGAAAAUGUGGAGAUACGCGUGCCUGCUGCUCGUUCUGACGGCCACCUGCAGUGCAGGACCCCUGACCGCCCACCAGAAAAGAAAACCCGCAGUGCCUCGGGAGGAACCCAUGCCAGCCGAGGUGGAAAUGCCGGAGCAGACCGAAACGGAGGCUGAAUCCUCUCCAGCCGAAGCCACUCCCCUGGGAACCCUGACCCUGCCCAGCAACGCCACCUCCAUUCGGUCGGACAUCACGGACAACUUCUCGUGUGCCAACAAGACCUACGGCUACUACGCGGAUGUGGAGAACGACUGCCAGAUCUUCCACGUUUGCCUGCCAGUCACCUACGCCGACGGGCGGGAGAACACCUUCCGCUGGAGCUUCAUCUGCCCCGAGGAGACUAUCUUCAGCCAGGAAUCCUUCACCUGCAUGCGUCGCGAGGACAUGACCAUCGAGUGCGCGGACAGCUCGAGGUACUACGAACUGAAUGGCAACUUCGGAGGUCCUGCGGAGGAGGAGAGCAAGCCCACUCCCGUGGAGAGCGAGCAGCCCGAUAAGGAGGAGCAGGAGCAGGAGGAGGAGUCGGAGGAUGCCAAGCCAGUUGAGAUGGAGCCGGAGGUUCCUGCUCCAGCUGAAGAGCCCGCCAAGCCCGUGAAGCCAGUCAAGGUGCAAAAGCCCAAACCCAAUCGCAGGAAGCCGCAGCCGCAGAGGAAGGUCCCUGUUCCGGUGACAGCCGCUCCCGUGGUGGAGGAACCUGUUGCCAACGUCGAGGUGGAGUCCAAGCCCAUCAAGCCCCAGCGGUUCACCAUCCGACCCCACAAGGAAAGGCCCCAGGCGAUAAAGCCAGCCAUUGCUGCUCCGCCCAUGCGGAAUGAGCUCUUCAACGGAAUUCGCAAGCGUCCGGCGAUUUUCAAUAAGCCAACAACCGUGAAACCCGUGGAGGAAGUGGUCGAGAGUGAGCCAGCUGUCACUGAACCCGUCGUCCAGCUCAACGAACCUCAGCCCACUUUGAAGCUGCAAACACUGUUCGCCGAUCCGCAGUUGAUCCCCGUGGAAGUCCAGGAGCCCCAGAUAAUUCCGGUUAAAAUCCAGGAACCUGAAAUGAUUCCCGUGAAAAUCCAGGAACCUGAAAUGACUUCCGUGAAAAUCCAGGAACCAGAGGCUCAGGCUUCCGAGCCAGCAGUCACCUUUGUCCAGCCAGAGCCAGUUGCCGAGGAAGAGGUUCCAUCAAAGGUUGAGAUCGACACGAGGAUCGAGGAUGUAAAGCCCAUAGAAGCCUUCGAGGAGAUUCCCGCUGUCAUAGUCGAAAGUCUGGAUGAAUCUAAGCCUCAGGAAAGCCAGAGCAUAGUUGAAAACCAGGAGGAAACCAAGACAACUGCGGAGGUGAAGCCAGAGGAAGAGGUUAAGGCUGAAGAGGAGAUCAAGACAGAGGAAGAAGUCAAGCCAGAGGAAGAAGCAACUAAGGCGGAGGAGGAAGUUAAGCCCCAGGAAGAAGUCCCAGCAGAAGAGGAGCCAGAAGUGCCAGCCAAGGUGGAGGAAGUCCAUGAAGAACAUCACGAGGAAGUCAAGGCGGAGCCAGCUAUCUCGGAACCCAGCAGCUCCCACGAAGAACCCCUCAAUCUCGAGGAAAUGGAGGCAGCCAAGCCAGCCGACGCACCCGAGAGCAUGCCAGCCACUCCCGAAAUGGAGCAGCACAGUUCGCUGGUGGAGGAGAUCCUGGAGAACAGCCACGAGGGAGAGGCCCAGGAAUCGCUGGGAGGCUUCAAGCCAGUCGACCCCGUGAUGGCCGCCGAGGCGGAGCAGCUGAUCACCGACUUCCUGAACACCCUGAAGAAGAGCGAAGAGAAACCAGAGACUGAAGUGGCAAAGAGUGAAAGCCCAGAUGUGUCCAUCGAGGAGGCCAAGCUGCCGGAGCCCGAAAUCGUGGACAAGAACGCCUCCGUUGAGGAGCAGCUGCUGGAGGAAUCGGAGGUUCAGAAGGCGCAGAAGCCCCAGAUUAUGAAGGACUCUCCCAUCAUCAACAUCAUGCAGCUGCAGCACAUGCCAAUCGAUUAUCAGAUUCCAGUUCAGGUGAUUCCCGUUGAGGUUCAGCCUGAUUCACCGAUCUCUCAGGGAUCUGAGGAUCCCAAGGAAGGUACUCAGGAAGAAGUAAAGGAAACUGUUCAGGAGGAAAUUGCUCAGGAGGCGGUGAAGGAAGCCGUUCCUGAGGAAAUCAAAGAGGAAGCCAGCGAGCAACUCCAGCAGGAAACUCCCGCCGAAGAAGUUUCUCCUGAGGAAGCCAAGGAAAGUAUUCCUGAGGAAAUCAAGGAAGACGGUCCAGAAUCCCAAGCUGAAGAAGUGGUUAAGCCAGAGGAAACCCACCAGAACGAUGACGCCCAGGAGAAUGUGGUGACCUCCGCCUACAUGCCAUCCAUCAGCAUCGACGACAUCGUGGAGCUGGUGAAGGAGCGACUGGACCAGACGCCCAAAAAGGAACAGAUGGCUCCCAUGGAGCUGAUCCUCACACCCGGAGCUGCUGAGCCCAUGACCCUGGUGCACAGCAAUCCGGAGAAGGAGGAGAAAGAGGAGCAAGCGGAGCAAGCGGAGCAGGAAUCCCAGCCGGCGGAGAAGGAGGAGGGGGAGGAGCUCAUCCUGCCCAUCUACAAGCGGAUAUCCCCAGCCGAACCCGCCAUGACCAAGGUGCAGACGCUGCCCGUUACGGUGAGCAAGGUGGAAACGGAAGCGGAAACGGAAGCGGAAACGGAAGCGGAAAAGGAGGCUCUUCCGGAAACGGAGUCGCAACCGGAAGUGCGGGAGCCCAAGAUGGACGCCCGCAAGCGGCGCUUCCUCUUCCGCGCGGACGCCAGUUAAGAAGUUAAGAAGGGAAACGGAAGAGAUUCAGAAGGGCGAACAGCAUUCCUGGGGAGGAUCCCCUCCCCGCACCUAGCUCACCAAUCACCAGUCGAACCGGAACCCCGUUCACCUCCUAGUUCCCCAAACGCUAUCCCACUCAUUUGCACCUAGGCAAGUUUUAUUUAUGAUAAUGAUAUUUUGAUUUCCUAGUUUUAUGGCCCUUUCUCAAAGGAAACACCGCGCACGAGAGUCGAAAUUUAAGUUUAGAGUUGUUGUUCCGACGAGUUAAAGAAACAAAUUACAAAAAAUUGCAAAAAAAUCUUAAAAUAAAAAGUUUAAAAAUCAAA